AUGCGAAGAAUUGAAGACGAGCAUAAUGACGUUUUUCACAGUGAUGCUUCCACCUACUGUUUACUCGCCAAAAAAUGUAUAUGCGUCGUUCACCCAAGUCUUCUUCCCCCGAAACCCAGUUCUCCAUUUGAUCUCAAUCUCAAGUAUAACUCGAUAUUGGAGGAAAACAAUGCUUUUGUCACUGUAAAUGUUUCAAAUAAUGGCGAAGAAAUUGACGAGAUUAGAGUAAAAAAUGGAGAAAAAGAAGAUGUGGAUGAGGAUGGGAUUCUGUGUGCUUUAUGUCAAAGCACAGAUGGGGAUCCAUCAAAUCCGAUCGUAUUUUGCGAUAGUUGUGAUCUAAUGGUUCACACCACUUGUUAUGGUAAUCCCCUCAUUUAUGGUGUUCUUGAAGGAAAACAAAUGGUUGUGCCAUUGAUUGCUCUGAGGAAAACUGUGGUUCGAGUUUUUGAUGUGAUUUGUGGAUUGAAAGAAGAUCUGUGUAUUGAGUAUAAGGAAAGGAGAAACAAAGGCGCCAUUGUUGCUAGAUUCUAUAAAAGCCAUAGUGAUUUGUGGAUGAAGAACGCUUGUUCGGAAUCUUACUCCGGUAUCCCGGGGAUCUCUCUGAAAUGA